GAUCUGAUGUCACGCCGGCGCGUAGCGGGUUAGCGUUUGUUCAUGGCCACCGAGCACCCAACCAAGGGACAAUUUAGUAUAACGAAUACAGAAAAAUUAGUAAAUUUAAGUCAUGAUCACGAUCAAUCUACAACCAAUUCUCACCUGAAACUAAAUGGUUGCCUCGUUAAUAAGGACAACCCAUGGGUUCGAGCCCCAUGUUCAUCUGGUGAUGGUUCUGACUCGACUACAUCUCAUGAUGGUGUUUGUAGCAAAGAUCGAGAUUGGCCAACUCUUCAAAGUGCUCUAUCACAAGUCUCACAAUGCACCACUAGUACUUUCGAUGUAUGCUCUAAACAAAAAGAUAAAAAUAAACAAAAGUUCACUGCGGUUGGUUCUUGUCAGAUAGAUUUGGGCACCAAACCCAUUACAAAUCAUCAAAAGAAGAAAUGGGAACAAGCCACUGUUGAGUACAUUUUCCCGAAACCUAAUAGCACUGAUGGAUUUGUCGGUUAUCGGUCAGAUUCGCAUCGGUGGAACCGGUCAGGUGAACACGAUAAGGAAAAUUAUCAUAACGGGAAAUCAAAGAUUGGAUCUAAUAGUUCUGUCGAUAAGGAGAGCUUAAACCCAAGCCAAAAUAAUCUUGUUCACUCGGGAACAAGACCUCGUCCGUUCGUUCGCCAUAUGCGGUUCUCAAAAUCUGGUCGCCCUCAACGCCGACAGCAGACAUCUGGCACCCCUGUAACAGCAGCAAACCGUGGCAUACCUGGCCCGAAAAAUCCAGAACAAAUCUACUCUCCAACCAAUUUAUGGGUUCCAAGUGACAUCAGUCAGGCUGCAAACUUGGGUCGCAUGACAACUCAUGGUCGUUCGGCUCCGGGGAAGCUUAACAACGUGCCUCACCUGAUUCCUAUUCCACUCUAUGGGUCAGUACCCCAGACUUCUCCCUUAUCGCCUUCAUUUCUUUCAGCUGUUGGAUAUCCCCUCUUGAUGAUAUAUCCGACGGGACCUUUAUCAGCACCAGCGACAUCAGCAGUUUCUGAUCCUGUUUACGAUUAUUCGGUUACCUGUCAAACAUCACAUUCAUCAUCAGUUGGUGUUUCAAGUGUAUCACAACAACGGUCAACUGAUUUAUCAGAAUCUAACCGUAUAGAACCUCAAGUUUUCAGUCCACCUUUAGAUACUGAUUUAAACAAUGUUUUCUCUUCUUUAUUUCCGGGAACAGCCAUCGCCCAACCUGCUAGUUUGUGUUUCCUUGCGUCGUCGAGUAGUGAUCCUACGAUUUUAAUACGCCAUCAAAUAUUACAUCAAGUCGAAUUUUACUUUAGUCCAGAUAACUUAGCCAAAGAUGUGUAUCUUCGUCGGCAAAUGGAUUCUGAUGGAUGGGUUGAUGUCAAUGUAAUUGCCAAGUUUAAUCGUGUGGCCUCAUUAUGUACAGAUCUUAAUGAUAUUUUGGAGGCAAUUAGAGUUAGUCCAUUAUUAGAUGUGGAUGUCCCUAAAGCUCGUGUCCGAUGCAAAAACAAUCCAUCGAUUUGGCCCCUUCCUCUUGUUUCGAAUGAAAAACUUCGAAUCAGUUCUAGGAACAAAACAGUUCUUAACCCAGAUGCUCCCGAAUUCAUCCCAUCACAAUCGAUCGCAAACACAGAUCAAACAGAAUCAUCCCUCGAACCUAUAACAAAGUCAGGUGCUACUCCCAUCACAUCAACACAAGAAGAUUUGAACUUUUCCUUUUCAAAUGAAUUACGUUCUGUCUACAGUAAUCUACCGCCGCAUUCUUCAGCAUCGAAACGCACCCGAUCAAGUUUUUCCGAAUGUGAUAAGUACUCUUCUAUUUAUCAUUGCCGAACAAGAACAUCAUCCACUAACUCGGAAGAUGAAUUGGACGAUUCUAUGCUUUCUUGUUUAUUGGUGAUUGCUCCAAACACAUCUCAUGAUCCUUUACCAUCUAGUUGCAGUAACUUGGAUGAUGAUUCAAGGAAUGAAAGUUCUAAACCUUCGAAAUUUCCUUCUGUUACCAACAGUUCUACCGACGAAUCUGUUGAAACUACUAUUGAUGACCUUUGCAAAGCUAUUGAAGAAUCCAAUGUCCAUACUGAAUCGAAUUUCACAGAAUCCAAUCUAGCCAGCGUUAUCAAAGAAAAGACUUCCACGUGUACAGAAAUAUUUUCUACUUCAUCCACUUCCUAUACUACAACCACAACUAUCUGUUGUAACAGUCCUCUUGUACAGCUUGAUGUACCUGUCUCUGAAGUUUCGGUGCACUCCUCCGUCCCAGUAUCAUCAAAUCCACUUUAUUCAGAAUCCUGUUUGCCAUACGUGCAUCCCUCAAUUCCUGGUCCGGUUACGUAUACUGUAAUACCGACAGCUACCGCUUUGCACCCACAGACUGGACUUAUAUUGCCGACUCUUAGUCGAAAUCCGUUUUUAGUACCCUCAACUCCAAUGUAUUACAUUCCUCAAAUUAACGCUUUGCCUUUGGUUUCUCCAGUAGACAAUCUAUUUCCUCAGAUUCCUAUAUGUCAACCAUUACCGUCUUUCCUAAAUUAUGAUCAGAGUUAUCUAUCAUUUCCUGACAUAAAAUACGACCUUAAAGGUCGUUCUGUUGGAUUUUUCCCCGUUUCCAGUGACUAUGACUUAAAAGCAAACGAGUCAACCGAUUAUACACAACCCGACAAUCCUCCGACUGCGGAAACAGAAAACUUGUCAUCUAGUAAGAAGAAACAUGUUGGAUUUCUUUUUCGCCCGGUUUCUGCUGCUCGUACCCAUUUAGAUGUUUCCUUGAGUGGAGGAUUCCCAGUUGCUCAUCACCCACAUCAUCUUCAGCAAAGGGGUUUCACAUUUCAUGCCUACAAUCAGUUUCGUUCCAAAUGUCUGAAAGACCGAGAAGCUAAAGGGAAAGGUCGAUCACAGGAAAUGAACACUCUUUAUAGCUUUUGGUCAUUUUUUCUACGUGAACACUUCAAUCGAACUAUGUAUAAAGACUUUCGUAAACAUGCAUUAGACGAUGCCAAAGAGAAUGCGAGAUAUGGACUGGAGUGUUUGUUUCGACUUUACAGUUAUGGAUUAGAACGUCAUUUUCGUAAAGCUAUUUUCAAGGAUUUUCAAGAGGAAACUCUAAAAGACUAUGAUAAUGGUCAUUUGUAUGGAUUAGAAAAAUUCUGGGCUUUUCUACAUUAUAGUCAACGCAAAGUAAAAUUGGAUACACGUUUACAAAACUUGUUGGAUUCAAAAUAUCGUACUUUAGGAGAUUUCAGAGUGAAUUUUGAACCACCAACUGGCUUUUUUAUAAACAAAUCACGUCGUCGAACCAAAUCGGAGUCAAUAUUAACAUGUCAAACUAAACCGAUAUUAGGUAGUAGAACACCUCCUGUUGAAUUCCAUUCAAGUAGAAUAUCUUGAUACUUCACAGAAGAAAAGAAAUAUAUAUAUAUAUA